GUCUGCUAUGAACGGACGACAUGACACCGGAAGUAGCUGUGCAACACGGAAUCUUUUAGAGGAGCACCGGCCGCCAUGUUGGACAGCUAACAUUGAUACGGAAGAAGAGUUGUUGUGUUAUAAUUCCAAAUGGCUCCGAUUUAAAGUAGUGUUUCGUUUUUAAGAUGCGCUACGAACGGGCGGAUACCGUGGGUUGAGUUUUUACUGUGACUAGAGAAAAAUGGAGGCGAGGUUCGGCAGCGAAGUGGCGUCGGUCGUAAAAGCAGCGAUCCAGGCGACCGUGUCCGUGUUCAGGGACGUUUGCGCACAAGAGGCGCCAAACUCUGGGUGGGAGGAGGCGAGGUUCGGAGAGAUCCACGAGAUAGAGAGAUGUCUGGUGAUUCAGAUCAACGACGUGUUCCGGGAGUUCACCGCGGAGCUGGUUGAAGAGAACGAGGCUCUGCGGGCCAAAGUGGAGCAGCUGGAGGAUGUGGUGGAGAGGAAAGCCGGUCAGCUGGAGCAGGAGCUGGAGGCCAGAGUGGGUCAGCUGGGCCGAGACAUGGAGCAGCUGGAGAAGGAGCUGAAGAGCAUCAGUAACACACCGGGAGGCCGGGCACACGUGACAGGAGUCUCUGUGCUGCCAGUCGCCACCAGUCAAGAAGCUCUGGUUGCCCUGAAAGAAUCCACCUCCAACCUCCAAUGUCCGGCAGACUCUCCCAACUCAUCAGCUGAAUCCGCUGAAGCUUCAACGGUUUUUGUCGGUAGCGUCAGUUCCGCUCCCACGGUGCUGUUGGUGGAAUCCAGCCAAGUCACCACCCAGAGCCCUGCACCAUCGACGUCUGCCUGUGAACCAGUGGGAGCGACGCAGCUCAUCCUCAAACCAGCAGCGUCUCCAGUGGCGACGCCUCAAGACGUUUCCAGUCCGGACUCCAGCAACACCGAUGGUGGAGUUGCGGUGCAGGAAGAGAAAUCUGUGGAAGAGGCGUCGUUAGGGCGACCAAAGAGGAACAGGAAACCAACAUUUAAAGCUGCUGAAGUUUCUGCUGAUGAAAACACUGAGGAGACCAACAUCAGAUCAAUGGAAAAGCUACGAAAAACCCCAUCGGUGAAGCGGUUCUUUUGUGAGCACUGUAACAUGGGCUUUCAUUGGAAAGGUGAACUGAACAAACACCUGAAGGUUCACAAGAAGCCAUUUCCAUGUGAAAAGUGUGGGAAAAGUUUUCUGGAGAAGUCGUCUUUGGAGAAUCAUCUCCUGUGCCAUCAGACCAGCAAAGCGCCCCUGCCCUUCCCCUGUUCUCAGUGUAAAAGGUCAUACAGCAAGGAACAGUCGCUCCUGAAUCACAUGAAGCGGCACCAGCGCCUGACACCGCCUAAGCCGUUCGCCUGCGACCAGUGCGGGAAAACGUUCAGGAUUAAGCAGUCGCUAGAAAACCACCUGCUGCGCCACGAGAAAUGGAAGAAGAUGCUGAAGUGUCAGCUUUGUGACAAGACCUGCAAGACGUCCGUCCAACUGCGGUGCCACAUGGCCGUCCACUCUGAGGAGAGGCCGUUCAGAUGUGACACAUGUGGGAAGGAGUUCAAGAGCAAAGACACUCUCCGCUUCCAUCAGAUGGUCCACUCGACUGACAAAAAGUACAAAUGCACCAUGUGUGACGAGACUUUCAAAUAUGCCCAUUCUCUGACCGUUCACAAGAGGAAGCACACAGGCGACACGCCGUUCGUUUGCAGCGUGUGCAACAAGCCGUACAGGACCGGCACCGCUCUGAAAAGGCACCGCGUGGUCCACACGGGAGAGAAGCCCUUCACCUGCCACAUAUGUGGCGCUGGAUUCAGCCUGAACAACAACCUGAAGCGGCACCUUCGCAUCCACACGGGCGAGAAGCCGUUCACCUGCCAGGAGUGCGGUAAGAGCUUCUCAGACGGCAACAAGCUCAAGUGUCACUCGCUCAUUCACGGAGCCAAGAAGCCCUUCAUGUGCGACCUCUGUGGGAAGACCUUCCUCUUCAACUGCAGGCUGGUGAUACAUCAGAAGUACGUUCAUGCAGAAAAGAGCGAAGACGCCGACGGAGCUCAGCGAGUUUUCACCACCAGACGGCACAACAAGAACCAGGUCAAACCCUUCAGCUGCAAAAUAUGUCUGAGAGGUUUCAGUGCAGCGUGCUCACUGAAACUUCACGAGCGAGGCCACAGUGAGCACAAGGAGUACAGCUGCAGCAUCUGUGGGAAGUCGUUCCACAACAAGUACUCGUUCGGGUACCACCAGAAAAGUCACACGGGUGAGAAGCCGUUUGUAUGCGACGUGUGCGGGAAGAGGUUUUUCCACGCCGGCAGUUUGAAGCAGCACGAGCGGAUUCACACGGGAGAGAAACCGUUCAAAUGCGACCAAUGUGGAAAGGCUUUCAGAACUGACGGGAACUUCUACAGACACCUACGGAUCCACACGGGCGAGAAACCGUUUGAAUGCACUUACUGUCAGAAGAAGUUCCACCAGUCGAACCAGCUGAAGGCUCACCUGCAGGUUCACACCGGGCAGAAGCUCUACUCCUGCCAGCAGUGUGGGCGGGGCUUCUCCGACUCCAGGCAGCUCAAGAAGCACAGCUGCGAUGGGGAGUAUGUCGUGCAGACGGUAUAGCAUCAGCUGCAGCGCUCCUGUGUCUGCAGGAGGCGUUUAGGUGUACUUCUAAAUGUAGGUUAAAAAAUCAUCCUCUGCUGACAAACACAUGGGAGGAUUUAGAGUUGGCUAAAAAAAUCAUACAUGGGAAAUUGAACUCAAAAAACAGAAAGGAAAAACUGUAGGAAAUUGCUGUGUUGGCUUCUCAGCUGUACAAAAAACAACAAAAUAAACCAAUAUUUUUUUCCAGAA